AUGAUCGGCAAGUCCUCCCUGUCUCCCGAGCCUGGCAGUCGGCGAUCUCCGCAGGCGACACCGCCGCUGUCCCCUCGACAGCGUACCACCAGCGCAGGCGUUGCAGCGCGCACUGCCCGAUCCCCUCAGCCUUCCUCUUCCUCUCCCACGUCGGUUGGGUUAGUAGUUGGUGCGGUCGCUGCGGCGAAGGAGAAGAGUAAGGAAAGGGAUGCGAAGGCGCCCGCUGCCAAUCCGGAGGAAUCACGGGAGCCGUCUCCGGCCCCGCUGGCGACGCCUCGUGCGGCGAGUACGGCGUCACGGAUGGAGGAGAUCCGCGCUCGACUGGCCGCGUCUCGCCAGCAGUCGGCGUCCAGACAGGCGACGCCUCGGUCUUCGCUGGGCAGCGCAGCAACUGCGGGGGCCGCGAACGCGGUAAAGGACGAUUCGGCCUCGCGUACGGCGCUGGCAGAAGCCGCCGCCACCAUCAAAGAGCUAAAGCAGGCCGUCAAGGACAAGGACAGGGAGCUCGCUCUUCUGACAAGAGGCAAGUCAAACGCGGAGCAGCAGCUGGAGAAGGCAAAGACCAAAUCGGAGGAUUUACAGGCCAAGAUGAAGGCGGAAGAGGCCGUUUUUGCCGCUUUCAAGAAGGAGGCCGCUGCGGCGAAACUGAAGGCGCAAAAGGAGCUGCGACAGGCGCAGAGCACCGCACGCAUGGCGCAGGCGGCACAGGAAAGAGUGCAAAAGGAGUUAGAGAAGCAGAAGGGGAAGCUGGCGGCUGCUGCUGCCGCUGCUGCUGCCGCUUCUUCUUCCCAUACGACGAGCGCGACACCGACGCCAGCCGCCACUCCACGUGGGUUGCCGCUGUCGGUGAACAGCUCCCUCGUCGCGGACGCAGGUGAGGCGGCGCUGCAGCUGAAGCUAACGCGCGUGGAGAAGGAGAACGCCGCGCUGAAGAAAAGCGUCGAGGUGCUGAAGCGCGAUGCCGCGGCGGCCACCGCAACGGCUGUGGAGGCCGCUGUGCAAAAGACGGAGCAGCAACAGAGUGCGAUGCAAAAGGCUUCCAGAGAAGAGAUGGACAAGCUGAAGAGCGACGUCACUCGUCUUGCGAAGACGUUGGCGGAACGCAGCGCCGCAUUGAAGUCCACGGAGGAGGAGGUGAAGAAGCUGAAGGCGGAGGUGGAGCAGGUGCGAAAGGAGAAGGAGGAGGUGACGCUGCAGUCGCAGAAGCGUCAACAGCAGCAAGAGAGAGCGGAGCGACAGCAAGUUGGUCAGCAGACAGAUGCACUCGCCCUCCCAGACAACUCCGCCUCUGCCUCCACAACACCUCUCCGCUCCCCUCGUCAGGUCGUCACCUUCGAGCUCUCCGCGAAGGAGGCCACCGCGCAACUGCAGGACGAGCUCACGGCAACGCAGCGGCAGGUCGAGGCGUACAAGCGAAUGCAGGCGCACGCUGACCACCGCAUCGCGCAGCUGGAGGCGGAGCUGACGUCGAUGCAGAGUCGCGCGAAGGACGCCGUGGAAGCGCUGCAGCGAAGAAUGAAGGAAACGAGUGAGAAAGACGCGUCAGCCGCAUCGGACGCCACCGCCCUCGACGCGGUGAAGAGGGAUUUGGAGAAGGUGCGGAACGACUACAACGCACUGAAGAAGGAGGCGCAGGAGAGCGGCGAGGAGUCGCUGGUGCUCCAAUCGGCUCUCGAAGAAGCGGAGGACGAGCGUGACGUGUACGAGCGUCAGUUGCGGGACCUCCAGCAGGAGCACAGCAAGUCCAAGUGGGAGGCGACCGCUGCCAUCGAGAAGCUGAAGGCAAAGAUGUCCGCGGAGCUGAAGGAGGCACGGGGGCUGCUGGACGUGGCGCGCAACGAGCUGCGCAGCGCACAGGAAAUAUCGCAGUGCAAAGAAGUGGUUAUGAGGGAACUCCAGGCGCAGGUGGAGGGACUGCGGAAGCGCUGCGCCGAGAUGGAAGAGCGGCAGGUGUCAGCGGAGACGGAGGCUCCGAGCGAGACGGCUGCGGAGGCGUUGACCAAGCAGGUCGGGCACUACAAGAAGAAGUCGAGGGUCUUGGCAAAGAGGCUGGCUGAGGCGGAGAAGGAGCUGCAGGUGCUGGGCGAGGAGUACACGCGCGUGUGUGGCGAGCGCGACGCCGCAGUUCUGCGAUACCGGACAGGAGAGUUGAACCGACCAGCUCAGACCACUGAACCGAGGCAGCAGCAGCAGCAGCACAGCGAAAAGGCGAAAGCAAAUCUUUCGCUGCACAGUGACGGGGUGCCUCCGGAUAGUGUGUCCCGCGACCUCUCCGACGCGCUGCUCUCCGCCAAUCGCACCGCCCCUACACGCCCACGUGCGGAUGACCCCGGCACUACCACAGAAACGGCGAUGUCGUCUGUCACCGCCGCCCUCGCACAGGAGCAGCGGGCCCGCGAACAUCUCGCAAAGGAAGUCUCCGCGCUGCACUCAAUCGUGGCUGCGAUGGAGCACCGCACCAGCCCCACGAGGCACCCGCUGAGCACCGACUUGAGCGACUCCGUGCCUUUUGCGGAAGAUGACGGACUUGUGUUGCUGCCUCCGCCGUCACAGCAGCUGCAGCAACGUUGCAGCAGCAUCUCCGACGCACCGGCACGUGCUCGGUCUCCGCGGACGACCCACGCGCUGGACCUGCGCUUCUUCGACCCGACGAGCGUCGAUGUGUCGGUGCCGGCGGCAGUGCAGGGCGGUGAUCGUGCCGCCGGUCAAGGGCGCGCCGUUUCGCAGCCGGCUGUGGCUGCUUCGCUGUCGCCGCGUCGCUUGCACACCCUCGGCACGCUUUCCCCGCAGAGGGCGAGACGUUCUGCAUCUGCAGGCACGCGGGAGUCCGCGCUGGACGCGAUCUACUCAGAGACUCCCCUUCCUCCCGUGUACCUGUCUGCGCCCGAAGACGGCAGUGACGUCGCCGCAGCAUCCUCCACGUCGUCGACAGCGCAUCGUCCUGACUUACUCUUCAGCACCACCGCCGGUGCGCUUCUGGUGAGCAAACGCGGCCGCCAGCUGCAUCGACCGCUGGUCGCCGCGCGCAGCCUUCCCCGUGGUGGUGGUGGCGGUGGUGUGAGAGGCGAUGUCAACUCUGAAGACGGCACAAACGGUGCUUGCUGUGCAGCACUUGCAUCCAUGAGCCACGCCAUCUACGCCUCUCGCAUGAAUGCGGAGGGGCUUUUCCACCUGAAGGACGACUACCGCUUUGUCCUUCGCAUCUUGACGGACUGCGAGGCGGGAGAAAUUCUGGUGGGUUUUGCAGACCGCCACGUCCCGCUCGAGAGCUUCGGGGCGAAGCGCAACGCCCUGCGCUAUCGAGGGUGCUACUAUCUGAGUCUGAACGGUGGUGGCCUCUACGCACCGUCGCAGGGGGUACAUGGGAAGACCUGCGCCGGCUGGAGCAAGGCGGCAGUGACCGCUGCGGAACGUCGAUGGCAGCACAGGCGCGGGGUCCUGCCCCGACCGUCGGAGUUCGGUGGUGGCGGUGCUGCGGGCUCAUCGAUGUCUCCGCCCUCGUCGCCAUCGCGGAAGCUUGGGGCGGCGCCACCGGCGUGUGUGGCGCGAGCCGGGGAUGAGAUCGCCUGUGUGCUGCACCUGAAUGCGCGGUCCAUUAGCUUUGAGUGGAACGGCGUGGACUGUGGGGUCGCCUUCACCGACGUCUCGCUCUCGCCCUCCCUGUAUCCGUGUGUGGAGGUGAACGUGAGCGGGGGCACGGUGGAGCUGCUGUAG